AUGUCGAAACGCGUCGCAGAGCCCGCCGGCUCGCCGUCGAAGCAGCCGCGCGUGGGCGCGUCCGCCGGCUGCUCGCGGCCGCACGGCCGCGUCGUGCUCAGCGUGGGCGGCACCCGCUUCGAGUCCUCCCGGACGACGCUGGAGUGCGCCUCGAGCUACUUCAGCGCGCUGCUCGCGCGCUGGGAUGACGAUGCCGAGCUCUUCGUCGAUGGCGACGCCGACGCCUUUCAGCCGCUGCUCUCGUACAUGCGCUUCGGCAAGCUGACGCUGCCACAAGACCAGGGCCUCGCCGAGCGCGUGCUGCUGCAGGCGGAGUACCUCGGCAUGGACGGGCUGCUCGCGAGCGUGAAGGCCCGGGCGUUCCGGAACCUGCACCCGGACACGCACCACGACGAGGCACGCCCGCUCCAGGACGCCUUUGACGCCGAGUUCGGCGGCCUGAGCGCGGCGAUCGACGACGGUGUCCUUCCGGCCCGCUACUUUGCUCCGGUGCCAAAGUCUCCGCCCGCGCGCACGAUCAAGCAGCUGUGGCCGGCGGCGCCGGGCUACCGCGCGCUCUUUGCGGGCGGCCGUUUCGACCACGCGCGGCCACAGUGGCAGACCGGGCUGCCGGCAGACGAGUCGCUCCACAUCGUCAGCUGGGCGCUGGUCGAGUACCGCGACGGGACGCAGCGGGUGGACGCCAUCGUGCAGCGCGACCUCGACGACACGAGACGCCACAUCGGCAUCUUCCCCGAGCACGCGCAGUUAAAGUCGCACCUGCAGCUCGCGUCGGAGUACACCGGCCCGCGGACGUCCGACUUCGCGCACUGGGUGGUGGUGCCGCCGACCGCGCCCGGCAAGCUGCUGCCGAUCUCUCCCGGGUCGGUGCGCGGCGUGUGGAAGCAGCCAGCGAUCACGAGAGAAGACAUCGGCUCGCAGAUUUGGAUCAGGGGCAACACGAUCAUUGCGAACGGCGAGACGCUCUUGGUUGAGUGGGGCGGCGAGAAGCCCGACGACGUGGAGGGCGCAACGAUUGAUUACGUGAUGGAGGUGUCCGAGGAGGACUCUCACGUUCGUCUGUCGGGCGACAUCUUUUUCGACGUCCCCUCCAUCGUUGGCACGAGCACGGAGCUCGACAUGGCUUUUGCGUCGGUGGACGGAUGCACCAACGAGGGCGGCAGGAUUGCGACCAAGUUCUUCAUCCCGACCUCCUCACACGGCACGGGCGAGGAGUCGGCCACGCAACUCGCCGACGCACGGGAGGUGAUCAUCGACGGCUGCAAACACUUCUGGCACUUUUCCGGAGCCAAGCGGGAGUGGGUCCACUGA